GCUACAAGUACCUCCGCUUGCAGCACGACACCACGAGUGCCGCUGUGAUCUUGGGCCUGGCGGCUUCCCACGUCUCCUCCAUGGACGCUGGGCUCACGCGCACGUGUUGUGUGCACAUCCCUUCUAUGCUUCCGGUCACGUUCUCCGAUGUCGAGGUGGCGAGCCCAGUGCAGAGCAGCGCCGUGCUUUCCUUGGGGCUUCUUUUCGCCGGUUCGGCUCAUCGGAUGAUGACGGAGCUCUUGGUGGCCGA